AUGCCAUUGUUUAGCAUCUCCCUUGAAAGGGAGACCUCAGGUCCUCGCUCCUGGUGCCCGCGCCUUGCCGCCGUCAUUCCAUUACGUGGCAAAGUUUCCCUGCAGCCGGAGAAGCAGGGCUAUGUAAUGCGGGAGUCUCCCCGCCAGACCCACUCUCUCAGGAAAGGAGAAAGAUUCCAGAAUCUGUCUGAUCUCGGAGCUCUGAUCAGCAUCAGCAACACCAGACUCGCCUCCGUGAAGACCAGGUUCGAGGGGGUUUGCCUGCUGUACAACUGUAUAGUAUGUGUAGUGAAGCCCAUACUGGAAAAGUUGGCCGCCUGCUUCCUCGGUAAACUCGACUCCGCCAGCCCGCAGGUCCAGGAGCUGGCCUGCCAUGCUGAUGUGUUGCUAUCAAGCCUGGGCGGCUUCGCCCAGGGCAUGAAGUACACGGAGUCGUGGGGCCAGCAACUGCACUGCCUCCUCACCACGCUGCACAGCCUGGCCGGCGAGAUGUACGCCGAAACGGAAACAGACCCGGUGUGCUACGAGGGUCCCGGAGUGGACCUGCCGCUGCCGCUGCUGAGCGAUGCCGACCCCUUCCUCGUGCUGCGGCUGAGACAACGUUUCUCCGCCCUCAGCAAGUGCCUCUCCCUGAUUCUCGGUUCGGAUUUCCCGGUGCCUGUGAAAAUCCCGGUCCAGGACGUCCUCAACUUGGUUUGCCGAGUGCUGAACAUCUCUCCCAGGAGCAUGAGCUGGAUCGGCGAGGGGCCCUUGAAACUGCUGGUGCUGCCGACCAUUCACAGCGACGCCCUGGAGAUCCUCUCGUCCCUCAUCACCGCGUGCAGGAAGCGAUUGCUGCGAUUCUCCGACAUCAUCUGCAGGCUCUUCCCACAAGUGCUGACGGCGUGGGCUUCCCCCCGCGACACCGCCGUGCCGGGGCAGGAGAGGGCGUACAGGUCAGUCUACGCACCGGGACAGCCGCUCGUCUUGGGCGCCAUCUUUGAUCUAGUCGCCGUCUUGGGCUCCAUCUUUGAUCUAGUCACCAUCCUGGGCUCCAUCUUUGAUCUAGUCGCCGUCUUGGGCUCCAUCUUUGAUCUAGUCACCAUCUUGGGCUCCAUCUUUGAUCCAAUCACCAUCUUGGGCUCCAUCUUUGAUCCAAUCACCAUCUUGGGCUCCAUCUUUGAUCCAAUCACCAUCUUGGGCUCCAUCUUUGAUCCAAUCACCAUCUUGGUCACCUUCUUGGGCGCCAUCUUUGAUCUAGUCACCAUCCUGGGCUCCAUCUUUGAUCUAGUCACCUUCUUGGGCGCCAUCUUUGAUCCAGUCACCAUCUUGGGCUCCAUCUUUGAUGCAGUCACCAUCUUGGGCUCCAUCUUUGAUCUAGUCACCAUCAUGGGCUCCAUCUUUGAUGCAGUCACCAUCUUGGUCACCUUCUUGGGCGCCAUCUUUGAUGCAGUCACCAUCUUGGGCUCCAUCUUUGAUCUAGUCACCAUCAUGGGCUCCAUCUUUGAUGCAGUCACCAUCUUGGGCUCCAUCUUUGAUCUAGUCACCAUCCUGGGCUCCAUCUUUGAUCUAGUCACCAUCCUGGGCUCCAUCUUUGAUGCAAUCCAGUCACCCAUCCUGGGCUCCAUCUUUGAUCUAGUCACCAUCAUGGGCGCCAUCUUUGAUCCAGUCACCUUCCUGGGCUCCAUCUUUGAUCUAGUCACCUUCCUGGGCUCCAUCUUUGAUCUAGUCACCAUCAUGGGCUCCAUCUUUGAUGCAGUCACCAUCUUGGGCUCCAUCUUUGAUGCACUGCAGGGGGAGAGACCAGCAGGGGAUGGGACCCAGGCCCACGGCAAACACAGCAGCAAGAAGCAGAAGCUGAUGGAGACGAAUGAGGGGGCCGCCAUGCUGGGCCAGAAGAAGAGAGACCCCGGAGCUAACCCCGACGUCCCUCCUGGCAGCCCUCAGAGGUCUGCCCAGAUCCCCGUCUGCAGUGAUGUGAUCAUGACCAGCGGGACCUUACUGAAGGAGGUGAUCCACAAGACACUCCACGAGCUGGUGGUUCCGCUGCUGCUGCGCCUGCAACAGGGCUGCACCCCCGGCGCAGCGGCUGGCCCGUACCUGCGGGCGGACUGCCGCAAGGAGUUGUACCGCCUGCUGCUGUUCCUGCUGCUGGUGCCCUGCGCCCGGAGGCCCCCUCCGCUGCACUGCGCCGUCACCAUCUUCAGCCGCGGACAGAACGACGGAAGCACUGAGGUGUCUGCGUUCUGUGCCGAGGCGCUGGUGGUCUGCAACUGCCUGCUGCACCCGCGGGUGCCAUCGCUGCAGUCGCCCGUGAGCGGCAGCGGCGGCUCCGGCACCUUCAGGCCGCCGCUGCCCGAGUCUCCAGCCGUCUGCAAGCUGCCCCCGACCCCCGCCUCGCCCGGCCUGCUCCGCCCCCCGCCCCCCGUCUCGCCGGCCCGCUUCCCCGCCCCUCUGCCGCUGCCCCAGCCGGCGGCCACGCCGGACGAAGCCGGGCGGCAGGACGAGGAGGCGCUGUUCGGCGGGGACGGCGGCCGGCGGCCCGUGUUCGUGCGCUACGACCGGGAGGAGGACUCGGACGUGGAGAUCUCGCUGGAGAGCGAUUCUGACGACAGCGUGAUGAUCGUGCCGGGCGGGCUGCUGCCACUCCGCGGCGAUGGCGGCUCGCCCCCGCUCCCGCUCCCCGUCCCGCGCCCCGGAAAGGACGAGGCCCAGGGCGAAGUCCAGAAGGUGGUGGUGGCCUCUCCGCCCCCGCCUCCACCUCCACCUCCCUCCGCGCCGGCCCUGACCCUGACACAACCCCCCCAGCCCCCAGCCCCCCUCCCUCUCCUCGCCGAAGAGCAGGACCCCCAGGAGCUGGACGAAGACUUGACCGUCAUCAACAUCAACAGCAGUGAGGACGAGGAGGGGGAGUUCCCGGAGGAUGAGGAGGAAGACUAUUACGAUGAGGAGGAAGAAGAGGAGGAGGAAGAAGAGGACUACGAGGACGAGGAUGAGUUUGAGGAAGGGGAGGAGGAAGAUGAUGAAGACGAGGAGAUGGACUACAAGGAGAUGGAGGACGAGGAGGAGAUGGAGGAGGGGGAGGGGGAGAUGGAGGGGGUGUGCGGCCCGACCCCGGAGGCCGACGUCGCCCAGGGGGAGGCGAGGGUGAGGGAGGAGGUCGUGGCCGACGUCCCGGCUACCGGCGGGGAUGGAGAACCGGGGGAUCCCGGGGAACCGGAUCCGGCGGUGGUGGCGGGAGAUGCAGCAGAGGGGGAGGUUGCCGCCGUCGUUGCCGUUGCUGUUGCCGAGGCGCCGGAGCGGAGCGGUGAUGACGGGCGGGAGGAGAAGGAGAAGGAAGCGGAGGAUCGGCGGGAGACUCCCGCCAAGGGCGAGCAGCCGGAGACGGAGACUGGGAACCGGGAGGAGGCGGCGGCGGCGGUGGCGGCGGCAGCAGCAACGGCUCCACCGGAAGGGCCGGUAACGCCGGGAGAGGCCGGAGCGCCGGGGAAGGAGGUCGCCGAGGAGAAGCAGGAGGAGGAGGAGGAGGAGUCACCCGUGGCGGCUGACGAGGUGCCGGUGGCGGUGGAGGCCAGUGCCGGGGAACCGCGGCAGGAGACAGAGGUCACCGCAGAUCCUGCACAGGGAAAGGCCGGAGAGGACGAGACGACGGCCAUGUUGGCGGACUUUGUGGACUGCCCGCCCGACGAGGAGGAUGUGGCCGGCGCAGCGGGUUCAAGCCGAGCGGCCCCGUGACACGGGGAACCGGGAGACACCUCCCCCCCCCCACACACACACACACACACACGGCCAGGCUGCGGCUGAGUCACAGUCAUGUUGUUUUUGGGGCUAGAGUGGGGAGGGGGGGAGUUGCGAUUAGUGUCAAUGUGGGGGUACUUGGAAACUAUCACAAACUGCCCUUUGAUUGAGGUUGUUCCCAUAUAUGUCUGAUGUGUGUGUCUGGGUCUGUCUGUGUGUGUGUGUGUGUAUAUGUCUGUGUGUGUGUCCGUG